GGUGGAUGACAUUAAUCGUGCCACAGCAGUCGGCUGUUGUGCUAAUUUUCACAACAAUGCGCAUGGCAUGCUGCACCAGGCUGCCAGCAAAAAAAAUUCCAUUACAAUGAGCAAAAAAACAUUUUCUGCACGCUCAUCGUUUUCGCUCUUGAGCCUCCACUGCGCUGCAGCCGAAUGAUUGAGUGAGUGCCGUUCUAAAAUAAACACGUACUCUCCCGACUGUGUCUUCGGCAAAACCAUCGAUCGGCAUUCGACAGCCUGCUCACACACAUUAAUUGUUUUCUCCUGUUCGCGCUUCCGGCUACUUGCAUGGCAGGCUGUCGGAUAUAGGUGACCUUUAUCUCUUCAUCCGCAACCGACCUAGCAUUAAUCUGGCAAACAGGAUUACUUGCUUACUCUAUUGUCGUGCGCGUCCAUUUAUCCGCUGUGAUGAAUGUUAUGUUGACAAAAAUAUCGUAUUUAUUUUCCGUGCAGAAUUUUUUGCGUGGGUGUUCGCAUUUUGCCGGUGGUGGGCCCCUGGUUGCGCAUAUUUUGUACGUACGAUCGAUUGACCAACUGUUAUUAAUUUUACUGAUACGGUAUAUGUACGAUGUACAUUCACUUUAACUUCAGAUGCUUUCCGCAAAUAUUCAAUGAAAAAAAUUGAUCUGAAAAAGACAUACGAAUAACUGCGUGCUUCGUUGAUUGGUGGUCUUGUUGUGCACAAAUACCGUACCGUCCGUACGUAUGUGAAAAUGCAUACGGCACAACUCACAAGUACGCACCAAAAUGAACAAGCGAUGGAUGUUGUGCGGAAGUUGCAUGUACACAGGCGAGACUGCUUGGCAGCCGGAAUUAGAGUGCUGUGGUAAUGCGACAACAUGGACAACCCUUGUCAGAUAUCGGCAAUAUUGACAUUUUUGAUUGGACUAUUAUCUUAAUCGCGACGUCGGAUCUGUCACUGAUCAUCCGGCCGGCUUUUUAGAAAAGAAGUGCUGCCAGUGCACGCACGCGCCUAUAUCACUUUCUCCCGUUCAGACAGCACAUCCUCCGCAUAACGAAGGAUAUUACUUAAUUCAUCUACUCCUCUAUUCAUCAUCUUCCCUUACUUAACGUUCCGGAAAGGUUCUGCUUACAUAAUAUUCUCAACCGACAGUCAUUAGCGGCGCGUUCAAGCGACAACAACCUGUCAGCCAAUGACAAUAAUUAUCAUUAUCCACCGCUGAUAAAUGCCAUUUGAUUUUGAUCGAAUUCAUUGUUGGCUUGUUUACUCUGUCGGUAAUGAAAUUUCGUUAACCGUGAUUGACAAGUGGACUGAAUUCACCACAAGUCCUAGCAUGCUAUUGCCGCCGUACAUGUAAUUGCGCCAGCCACACAGCGCCCAAUUUAGCCGCGCCGGUGCGGAGUGACCUGCGCGCGCCAAGAUGGAACUGACCACCGGGGUCAGCAUCUUCAACCGUACCACUGUCCAGCCGGGCAGCAGCUUCGCUCUGGAGGGAAAACGCGCCUACGAGCUACUGCGCGUUAUGUCACAGCUGCAGCAGACCGGUGCCGAACGGGCCGCCGCCGCCGCGGCUGCCGAACGCCAGAGUCAGUCCAUGCAGAACAAUUUCCAGCUGCUGCUCAACCCGGCCACAGGCUACAGUUACGCCGCAUCCUCCGGGGUGUGGAACGGUGCGCCCAACGGCGGUCCGGGCGACCUGCACUCCCUGACCUACCGCAUCCUGGCCACUCUUCUUCAUUUGGCUAUCUUCAUCCUGGGCGUCACCGGCAACGUACUCCUGGUCAUCGCCGUGCGCCGGACGCGCUCCCUCCACACCUCCACUUACUGCUACUUGGUGUCGCUGGCUACUGCCGAUCUACUGGUGCUGUUCUCGGCGGUACCCGACCAGAUUGUGGCGCAUCACAUCGGGAAUAAAUGGAUAUCUGGUCAGGCCGGCUGUUCCCUGAUGGUCUUCGCCAAUUUCCUCGGCAUCAACGCCGGCAGCCUCAGCAUUCUAGCCUUCACGGUGGACCGGUACAUCGCUGCCUGCCGGCCACUCCUGGUGCUGCGCGUCUGCAAGUGGCAGUUCGCCCGCAAAGUAUCCCUGGCGUUGUGGAUUGUGGCCUUCGUCUACUGCUCACCCUGGCUAGGCCUCACCCAGAUCAAACCUUAUCCCCGGCAGCCCGGUCAGGUCAUCUGCGAUUUCCGGCUAUCGCACAAUCAGUACACGGCCCUUUUUAUCUCCGACCUGCUUAUCUUCUACGUCAUUCCGCUGCUCUUCGCCGGCGGCGUCUAUCUAAAACUGGGCAUCAUCCUCCACAACAGCCUCAAGGACUUCCGCGUCCAAUCCCCGCAAUCCGACAACUCCCCGGCCUCCGACCUUACCGACCACUACGACAGGCCCCAUAUCUCUGCACCAGCCGCCCUCGCUCACUCCAGAGGAAACACCCCGCAUCAUCCGCCGCCUGAGCACGGGGAUGAUGCCAGCUCUGAAGCAUUACGCUCGCCGCAGCACCGGCUCAGCGCGGAUCCCGCUUUUCUGCUCAUCAAACCGCGUGACAGUUCGGAUUCAUCCAGUACAAAUCGGCCCGUGCAGCGCGAGCUAAAGGAACCACUCCUACAGCAGCCGGUACCGGCUGGCGAAGGCAGCAGUGUCGUCGGAGCUCUCGAUGUGAUGACGCCAAUGGAAGGCGGACCCUCUGCGCCGCCUAUCCAUCGCCUCAGUGCAGACCCCAUCUUUCUUCGCCAGAAGCCCAACGAACCUUCUGUCCAGUCCAAGGGAAACUGUCAGGAGGCGGUCUCCUUCCCGGGCACCCAAAAGAGCCUCAAAAGGGCUUCGUUUAAAAAAGUGCGUGCCGCCAGUGCAAAAGACGAUGCGCCCACCCCAACCGCCGAGCAGACCACCGCCCGGCUGAUGGCCAUGCGGCGCGAUCUCACCGAAUCCUCCAUGGCCGCGGUGUGGAUCCGCGAGGCGCCCAAAAACCGUUUGCAGAAGCUAGUCAGGUCGAGAACGCGAGUAUACCGGAUGCUGGUGGUCAUCGUGGUGCUAUUUGCCGUCACCUGGCUACCUUACCGAGGCGUCCUGGUCUACAACUGCUUUGCUGCAGCACCGUGGCUCAACGCCUACUACCUGCUAUUCGCUAAAACCUGCGUGUACAUCAACUGCGCCAUCAAUCCGUAUCUGUACAACAUCAUGAGCCGACGGUUCCGUUUCGCACUGUACCAGGUGCUCACGUGCACUCAGCCGUACAAAGUCAAAUCCGUCAAUGCGCAGUACUCACGAUAAACAGCCGCGGUAGUCCCUGACUGUUCCGGCUUUGCUCAAGAUAACCAUUGUAAAUUGUUAAAGCAUUUCUUUGUGUUCUAUACGUAAAGAUAAUGUACCGCGUACUGCGCCUCUGAUUAUGUGCGCGUACAACGAUGUUUUCCAUUCAAUUUAAUGGCAUUAAGAAGACACAAUCCACUGAAAGGGCAAUAUU